CACCGCACGUAAAAACGCUCGACGCGAUUCGUCCGCGAGGGACCCCGCUAAUUAUCCGACCAACCAGCAGGAACGGCCAGGACACGACCUCGGCCGCCGGAUUAAUUGGCUCAAUCGACUGGCAUCGUGUUUGUGUGUGCGUGUGUGCCUCCGUUUCUUCCGGGACAGCGCAGCAUCCCCAGCACCGCCGCCGGCCUGUUUGCGCGAAUUCAUAAUUGUCGUCCCCCGUGUCGUCCUUUGCCCGCGCCGGGCUUUCGUGUUGUUCCCGUGGCUGUCGUGGCCGCUGCCGGACGCCAUCUCUCAUCGUUGGUCCCUCUUUCCUGCAACUCGCUGACCGCCAGCAUCACUGUCGUCGUCGUCCCGGCCAUCAAAGCAGCUGCUGAUCAAAGGAGACAACGCCAGGGGCCCCUCGCCAGCAAGCCAGUUAGUGUCGUGUGUGCGUGCGUGUACGUGUGUGUGUUUCUUUGUGAUAAAAGCCGUCCCCGUCCCUCGUCGACGUCGACGACGGAAUAGUCCUACUACCUGUGCGAGCAAGAUAUGAGCGAACAAAUGGCACGCCUGCAAGGAUGCGAAAUCCUGGUGCUGGAUGAUGAAGGUAGCGACAAGCUGGUGAACAAGUACGACCACAAGGUGACCGUCGUGUGCGGUUACGAUCCCCAGGGCAUGACGGUGCGUGUCCUGCGGGAUGGUGCUCCCGGCAGUGGCGGUGGCGGCAAAACGAACAGCGUCGACGGUGGGAGCGAAGCCAAUCGACAGCUGGAGGAACUGCUGGUCAAUGGGUCGACAACGACGCAUCUGCCGCGCGGUCAAACCGCUCAUCUGCUCAUCGUCGGCGGUGAGCUCGUGUUGCUGCGGUUUGCGACCCGGUCCGACUGCCAGCAGUUCCGGGCGCUGCUGCAGAAAAUCUCGGGCAAGGCGAGCUCGGUGUUCAACCUGCGCACUGAAGACUCGUCCGCCUCCCAGUACUUCCAGUUCUAUGGCUACCUGUCGCAGCAGCAGAACAUGAUGCAGGACUUUGUUCGGACAAGCACCUAUCAGCGGGCGAUCUACAGCAAUGCGUCCGAUUUUCAGGGCAAGGUGGUGCUGGAUGUCGGAGCGGGGUCGGGCAUCCUAUCGUUCUUUGCUGUUCAGGCCGGUGCGGCCAAGGUGUACGCGGUCGAGGCCAGCAAUAUGGCUCAGUACGCGCAGCAGCUCGUUAGCUCCAACAAUCUGAGCGAUAAGAUCGUGGUGAUUGCGGGCAAGAUCGAGGAGAUCGAGCUACCAGAACGAGUUGACGUGAUCAUCUCCGAACCGAUGGGCUACAUGCUGUACAACGAGCGCAUGCUCGAGACGUACCUGCAUGGCAAGAAGUGGCUGAAGUCGGACGGUCGGAUGUAUCCAUCGCGCGGCGAUCUACAUGUCGCUCCGUUCAGCGACGAAGCGCUGUACAUGGAGCAGUACAAUAAAGCCAACUUUUGGAUGCAGACCGAGUUCCACGGAGUGAAUUUGGUGGCGUUGCGCGAUGCCGCCAUGAAGGAGUACUUCCGGCAACCGAUCGUCGACACGUUCGACAUACGGAUCUGCAUGGCGAAAUCGGUGCGCCACACGACGAACUUCCUGACGGCGGACGAGAAGGAUCUGCACCGGAUACAGAUCGAUGUGGAGUUCCACAUGCUCGAGACGGGCACUUGCCAUGGGUUGGCUUUCUGGUUCGAUGUCGAGUUUGCGGGCAGCUGUUCCCAGAUUUGGCUCUCGACGGCACCGACCGAAUCGUUAACGCACUGGUAUCAGGUACGGUGCCUGCUGCAAACGCCCAUCUUCGUCAAGCAGGGUCAGGUGCUUUCCGGGAAGGUGGUGCUGGCGGCCAAUCAGCGGCAAAGCUAUGACGUGGAGAUUGAUCUAAAACUCGAGGGCACGAUGAUCACCUCCUCCAAUACGCUGGAUCUGAAGAAUCCCUACUUCCGAUACACGGGUGCACCCGUACCAGCACCACCCGGAUCCAAUACGACCUCACCGAGCGAAACGUACUGGGGCCAACUCGAUGCUCAAGGUGCCCGUAACGCCGUUAAUCUCGUCAACGGCAUCACGGUAAACGGGCUCGGUGAGGUCGAUAUGUCCUCGACUAUCAUCAACACGAACCUGAUGGCAAUCGGAAAUCAGCCGAACAUUCAUCCCGGACUCAUCUCGAGCACUGGCCGCCAGCAACAGCAGCAACAGCAACAGUCUGGCAACAGUGCUGCUGGUCAACAGUCGACGCCUACUCAGCAACAGGCACAACAGCAGCAACAGCUUUCCAUGACACCGCCGAUCGGUGGAUGUGCGGCGACCUCAACGCAGAACGUUGCCCAACAUCAGCUCAUCGGAGGAGCCAUCUCACCGUCGCUCUUCACCUCGCCGGCUCAGCAGCUACUCAACAGUCAGCAUCACCAUCCGCAACAGCAGCAGCAGCAACAGCAACAGCAGCACAUUCAUCAUCAUCACCAUGCGCAACAACAGCAGCAGCAACAGCACCAUCAUCACCAUCAUCCUGGUCAACCGAUCCAUGGCAAUCAGUUCUACUAGGAGUACAUUCGUGCCCAGGGUAGGAGUGAGAUUUUCAUCUAAUACAUACUCCUGCCGCUGGGGACAGGCACCAAUUCCGCUAGGAGAGCAUCAUCGAGAAGCGCGGAGUGUUCGAACGAUGCAUGCUGGCGGUUCCUAGGUCCUAUGGAAGCCCUACUAUGACUAAUGAUUAGAAAUUGGAGUUUGGACCGACCGUAACGAAGUGUGUGGAGAUUCGUAUGAUACGUCGAUAUACAGUGAUGCAUCGCAUGCCGACCGAUGAACAACAGAACUGCUUAAAUUGCUUGAAAUAGCGAGACGGCGAGGACGACGGCACGGGGAGCCAAUUCCUUUCUCUCAUUUUAUGCUCCGCAUUAUUACUACGUACGAAACGAACGAAGUGAUCUUCCAGUAAUUUAGAAUGAUGUUGACGACGAAAAACUAGAUUGAGGACGUUGAUUAAGUGGUUUAUAGGGUAGCCGCCUCCUGCGGGAGGGAAAAGACUUAUUAAGCCUAAAGGAAGCAAUUUCGUGGAAGCGAAGUAGAGCUAGUACUUGGUCUAUCUUAUCAUCCCCAUCCAGUAGCGCUAGCAUCCGCUGCAGUGUGUCAUCCGUAAGAGGAUGGUUCUGUUGUGCAUAAUAUGCCCCCUCCCCCUCCUUUCUAGAUCUUGAUAUGGAUGUAUAGAUGAGCAUUGUCUGUAAGGUGUGCACAGUCCGGACAGGUUCUUCUGUCCUUCGAAACGAAACGAGAAGUAUUAUUUACCAAACAAUGCAACGGCAGUGCACCAAUUGGCAGUGAUUGAGAUAGCAAGAAAGCAAUAGGCAAUGGGCUCACCACACCCUUAUGGCAGCUUGUGAGUGAGAAAUGGUAUGAUGCAUCCAUACACAUAUUUAUAUAUAUACAUAUAAUAGACAUAUAAAUACGAAUGAGGGUCAUAGACAUUUCUCCGAAAAAUACUAUUUCUUCUAAAUACCAUUAUCCUGCGCACAACGCGUAAAACGGAGACGAGCAACAUGCAGCGGAAACAUCCACCGAAAGCCAUCACGAUUUUCAUCUCUUGCAUCUGGAUCCGUGACAACUAAGAAAUACAUUUAUUGACUUUCAUGCGUUACAAACCUCGAUCUAUCGGUUAUCCUUUCAUCCCUACGAUCAUCCGAAAAGUCCAUUCUGGCGCUACCAAGGGUUUCACU